AUGACAACAGUAUUUCGUUCAUGUUUACCACGAUUUUAUUCUGAUACAAAUCAAUCGAUAACUAAUGAUAAUUUAUCAAAUAAAACAAAUUCAAAUAUAUCACUUGAUGAUAAUCAUUCAAUUGAUUGUUCAACAAUAAUAUCAAAUCAAAAUCUUAUGAAAUCAAAAAUAAAACAUACAACAAAUUCAUUUGAUUCAUCUUCAAAAACUGAAUUAAUUAAUAAUCAAAAUGAUUUAUUAUCAUCAUCUAAACCAACGAGAACAUCUUGUAUGAAAAAUAAUAAUAAUAAUAAUACAAAAAAACGAGGUCCUUGUUAUACACGUAUUAAUGAUGAACAACGACAACCAUUAUUAAAACGUCUUGUUAGUACAAUUUUUGGUGAACACAAAUUUAAUGAUAAUCAACAUGAAAUUUUAACAAGGAAAAAACAACGAUCAAAACGUAAUUUAAAAAAAUCUAUUCUACCAUCAAAAUCAAUAAUAAAAAAACAAUUCGAAGAUAAUGAAAAAACUCUAUGUUCACUUGUUUCACUUUUAACACAAAUUGAAUCAAAUAUUCAAUUAAAAACAAUUCAAACAUCUUCAACAGAUAUAAUAACAAAUGAAAAUCAAAAUAAUAAUCUUCCUAUUGAGAAAAAUCAACAAUCUCGAAAUAAUAAUCGUUUAGAUGAUUCAUGUUCAUCUCAUUCAAAUGAUAGUUAUCAUCAUAAAUCAAAAGUUAAACAUAAUCAUCAACAUUCAUCAACAUCGAAACGUUAUACAAAUAAUCGAUCAACAAAAAAACAUUAUUGUAAUAAAAAAAAACAAUCCGAAGAUGAUACACUUAGUUCGUUGUCAAUUAUUUCUCAUUAUUCAUCAUCAUCUACACCUAUUAUUCGACGAAAAAUGAUUGAUAAUCAACAACAAACUCAAAUUUAUCCAACAAAAAUAAAUAUUGGAACAUCAACACAAUCUAAUAAUACAAAUGAUAUAAUUACAUCAGAACCAUCAUGGUUAGAUAUUAUGCGUGAAGAUCAAACAACGAUUAAUGCAUGGGCUCGUAUCCGACGUCGACUUAAACCUAAUCAACAAAAAGAUAUUCUCAAGUAA